UCUUAAACUCCACGAACUCACACCUCAGUUUCUCAGAAACGCAACCCACAUUCACUGCUGGUCUCUUCAUUACUCCACUGAGAUUCUGAUAUCAGGGUUUCCUUUCCAUUUUCUUUGGCUGUGUGUUGUCUCUUUCUUGUUGAUUGGUUAGAGGGAAGAUGGGGAGCGAGGAUGUGAUGCUGUGCGAGGAGGGGGUGAUGAUGAUGAUGGAGCGAGACGGCUGCGCGACGCCGACGCGCGGCGAGUUCAGGAUACCGGCGGCGUCGGCGCCGCCUCCGCCGCCGAGGAAGAAGCAGUCGUGCAGCGGCAAGAAGAGGGGUCCUCCCAAGGACGGAUAUUUCCAGGCGCCGGACGAUCUCGAGCUCCUCUUCGCUGCUGGUAAACGGCAAGCUUGCCCUUGAUGGGAACGAAAUGCUGGUCGCUCUCCAUGUUUUUUGGUCGCCUGUCGGCUCUAUUUUUCUUCUUGGCAGGAGAGCGAGAAGAAGAUUUUUAGGUUGUUUUCUUGUGCAUAUUCGGCAGCGGUGGUGAUGCUUAUGAUGUAACUAUUCUGGGUGCGGCUUCAUUUUGUAAAUUCUGCUUAUUGAUGACUACGUCUGUGUUCGACUGGUGCACUAGCCAUGCUUGCGUUUGAUGAAAAAAUAAAUCGUUAGGUCAAAAUAAGCAA